ACCACAUUUGCUGAACAGGUACGGAGAAGGUCACGAAACACCAGAUUUUUCUCUUCUUCUCGUUUCUUACAGUCUUUUGAGAGUAUUUCCACAAUUUCUCCUUAUUCGCUUUGUUACAGGAUUUUUCUCAUCGAAGAUCUGCCUUUACUGCUCUUUACUGUAGUCCUCGAGCUUGAGUUUUUCCUUUUUUACCUCUUAUUUUGACGUUCUAUUUUAUUUUGGGUUAGGGACUCGAGGGCUGGUGAGUAUCACUCAUCCACUACUCUUUGUAUGCUCCAAAUAAUCUGAAUUCUGAGUUCUGCGAGAUUUUUCAGUUGGGUAUCCUGGAAAAACGUCAUGAAUGCUUGAAAUGGAGCUUCUUUCUUGCAAUCGUGGUUCUGAAUGUUUGUGAUGAAGAAGCAUGAUAUGCCUUCACAGAUCUACCAUGGAACGCCAUAAAAGCUUUGUCUUUCCACUCCUCCUCUCACUUCUCGCGGUGGUUUUCGGCGCUACUGACCCCAAUGACGUUGCGAUUCUCAACCAGUUCAAGAAAGGGCUGGAGAACCCAGAGCUCCUGAAGUGGCCCGAGAAUGGUGCUGACCCAUGCGGGUCUAACUGGAACUACGUGGUUUGUAAGGGCGACAGGGUCACCCAGAUUCAGGUCCAAAACGUGGGCCUGAGUGGCCCUCUCCCGCAGAACCUCAACCAGCUCUCCAUGCUCACAGACCUUGGUCUCCAGAAGAACAGAUUCACCGGGGCUUUACCAUCGUUCCGGGGCUUGUCCAAUCUGCGCAAUGCCUACUUGGACAACAAUGAGUUCGAUAUCAUUCCUGCUGAUUUCUUUGAUGGGCUUGUGGAUUUGGAGGUAUUGGCAUUGGAUAACAUCAAUUUGAAUGCCACUACCGGGUGGAUGUUCCCUGCUCAGUUGCAGGAGUCGCUCCAGUUGAGAAAUCUUUCUUGUAUGAGUUGCAAUUUGGUGGGUCCGUUACCAAGCUUUCUGGGAAAUCUUUCUUCUCUAUCAAACUUGAAACUUUCUGGGAACAAUUUAUAUGGUGAAAUUCCGGCGAGUUUUAGCGGUAUGAAUUUGGGGAUUCUCUGGUUGAAUGACCAGAAUGGAGGCGGACUGACGGGUCCGAUCGACGUGGUGACAACAAUGACCUUACUUACGAGUCUCUGGCUUCAUGGGAACCGAUUCACUGGGGAGAUUCCUGCGAGCAUUGGGAAUUUGACUCUGCUCGAGGAUCUCAAUCUGAAUGGUAAUCAACUUGUUGGCUUAAUUCCUGAUAGCUUAGCUAAUAUGGCAUUGCGUAAUUUGGAUUUGAGCAAUAAUAGGCUAAUGGGUCCAAUACCGAACUUCAAAGCCACAAAGGCCUCUUCUGAUUCUAAUGCAUUUUGUCAAUCAACUCCUGGGGUUCGUUGUGACCCGGCUGUUAUGGCACUUAUAGAGUUCCUUGGGUGGGUGAAUUACCCUUCAAAGCUCGUUUCUUCGUGGACUGGUAAUGACCCUUGUGGAGGGCAGUGGUUGGGACUGAGUUGCAAUCCCAGCAACGAGAUUUAUAUCAUAAACAUGCCUAAAUUUUAUCUCAACGGUUCAUUGAGUCCUUCGGUUGCAAACUUAGGAGCCCUUACUCAAAUUAGACUUCAGAAUAAUAACUUGAGCGGUCCGAUUCCCCAAAACUGGAGUAGCUUGAAAUAUUUGACACUGUUGGACCUAACUGGGAACAAUAUUUCCCCUCCCUUGCCGAAAUUCAGUGACAGUGUGAAACUUGUCAUUGACCCUCUAUUGAGUGGUAAUCAAUCGCAGGAAGCCCCCCCGGCAGGGAACAGUCCACAAGAAAAUGGCCCAUCAUCUGGUAGUUCGCAUUCCCCAUCAAGAAACCCCUCUUCACCAACAACUGGCGAUGGUACUGCUGGUGAACCAAAAAGUUCUAAGAGGUCCAUUUUGGUUUCGGUUGUGGCCCCUGCUGCAAGUGUCGUAGCUGUAGCUUUUCUGGUCAUACCUCUAUCUGUCUAUUGUUGUAAGAAGAGAAAAGACGCCUCCCCGACUGCUAGUUCAGUUGUAAUUCACCCAAGAGAUCCAUCUGAUUCAGAUAACAUGUUCAAGGUGGUUGUUGCCAACAACACCAAUGGGAGCACUUCUACACUGACGGGGAGUUGUUCUGGAAGCAGAAAUAGUAGUGGAAUGGAUGAAUCUCAUGUCAUUGAAGCUGGAAAUCUUGUCAUAUCAGUUCAAGUCCUUCGAAAUGUGACAAAGAAUUUUUCCCCAGAGAAUGAACUUGGCCGUGGAGGCUUUGGGGUAGUUUAUAAGGGAGAACUGGAUGAUGGUACAAAAAUAGCAGUGAAAAGAAUGGAGGCUGGUGUCAUUACUAGUAAAGCGUUGGAUGAAUUCCAGUCUGAAAUUGCAGUGCUUUCGAAGGUCCGACACCGUCAUUUGGUAUCUCUUCUUGGUUAUUGCAUAGAAGGCAAUGAGAGAAUUCUUGUUUAUGAAUAUAUGCCUCAAGGGGCUCUCAGCAAGCAUCUGUUCCACUGGAAGAGCUUAAAAUUGGAGCCUCUCUCUUGGAAGAGGAGGCUAAAUAUUGCCUUGGAUGUUGCUAGGGGAUUGGAGUAUCUCCAUAGUAUGGCUCAUCAGAGCUUCAUACACAGAGAUCUUAAAUCUUCAAAUAUCUUACUCGGAGAUGAUUUCAGAGCAAAAAUCUCAGAUUUUGGAUUGGUGAAGCUUGCUCCUGAUGGGGAGAAAUCAGUGGAAACCAGGCUUGCUGGGACUUUUGGAUACUUAGCACCAGAAUAUGCAGUGACAGGCAAAAUUACAACCAAAGUAGAUGUCUUCAGUUUUGGGGUUGUGCUAAUGGAGCUAUUGACUGGAUUAAUGGCACUUGAUGACAACAGGCCCGAGGAGAGCCAGUACUUAGCUGCAUGGUUCUUGCGCAUAAAAUCAGAUAAAGAAAAACUGGCCGCUGGCAUUGACCCAGCCCUUGAUGCAAACGAAGAAACAUUCGAGAGUAUCUACACAAUUUCUCAACUAGCUGCACACUGCACUGCAAGAGAGCCUAGCCAAAGGCCAGAUAUGGGCCACGCCGUGAAUGUAUUGGCCCCACUUGUGGAAAAAUGGAGACCAUUCGAUGAUGACGCAGAGGAAUAUUCUGGCAUUGAUUAUAAUCUUCCUCUUAACCAGAUGGUGAAGGGCUGGCAGGAAGGAAAGGACUUCAGUUACAUGGCGCUGGAAGAUAGCAAGGACAGUAUUCCAGCAAGGCCUACAGGAUUUGCGGAGUCCUUCACUUCUGCUGAUGGUCGGUAAAGUAGGUACCAUGUUCAUUUCUGUUUUUCUUUGUGGGGGGAGGGGGUUGGGGAUGUAGAUAGCAUGUUGUCUUCGUUCUGUGUGGGGAAUUCAGUGUCAAUAUGUUUUAGAUCCGAUGUUGGAUUUUAUGGCUGAUAAAGUUGAGAUUUCAGAUGUUUGAGAUCUCAUGAGUAGGCUUUGAAUUUAUCUGAGAAAUUUUACGUUCUAUUGUUGAUGUAGAUAGAGAUGAAUUAUGUUUGCGGAUUUAUUA